AUGUCAGUACAAGUUGAUGCUAAUGACACAGAAAAAUCAAACCGUGUGGCACCAGAACACCAACAUGGACCGGUUUCUGUCCUCAAAGUUCGGAUCAUAUCUGCAGUUGUUCCAGUGUUUUCCUUGUCAGCCUCGUCAGCGCGGGACUCAAUAGUUGCCCAGUACCUUGUGGACAGACUAGCCAACGAUCAGGGAUAUUUAAACUUGACAGACGUUGCAUCUUGUUCGGGGGAUGCCAACAGCUCUGUACUUGCAACAGCUAAUGAUAUACAGUCUCAGGCGUCAGAUCUACAGACAUACUACAGCUAUGCCCAGUGUGUACCUGCAAUAUUUAUCUGCCUGUUUAUUGGAUCUUACUCGGACUACCUGGGCCGACGUUUUCUAUUACUGCUGCCGUUGUUUACCGUCCUUGUUAAGAUGAUCAUCACUACGUGUAUCAUAAGGUUCCACCUUGACCUGCGUUUCAUGUACCUGGCCUAUGGAUUUGACGGUUUGUCGGGAUCGUGGUACGCUUUACUGAUGGCCAUGUUUGCUCUAACAGCAGACAUUUGCACCAAAGAGAGUGAUCGAUCCUUCUGGAUUUUCUUUACCUCAUUCAGCUCAGCCAUAGUAAAUGCCGUACUGAAUAUAGUAGGCGGUUACCUCAUCAGCAACUACGGCUUCACCGAAGCAUCAAUACUUCUGUCGUGUAUGUUAGCUGUGUCUUUUUUCAUCCCUUUAUUCUUCUUACCAGAGACACAUUUACACCGACCAAAGACAAAAGAGUAUAAUCCUCUUGUUCACAUGAGAAGAAUAUUUGGGUUUUACUUUUUCGAUGGAAGUCCAAGAAGGAAGGCAACUUUUUGUUUGGGUAUUCUUAUCUUCAUCAUUGCAGUUUCUUAUUUAAUAUACCAAGCCUCACUUGAUGCCCUAUACCAAAUGCAUCAGCCAUUCUGUUGGGAUGCUAACCAGAUCGGCUACUACAGCUCUGCCAGGGGGGCUGGGGCCUUUGUUGCUGGCGCUGUGAUUUUGAAGAUUCUUCAGAAAUGUAUGGCAGAUAAAUAUAUUGCGAUGCUGGGACUCUUGUGUCAAGGGGGAUCUCUCAUUUUCCAGGCCUUUGUGUGGGAAUCUUGGCAAUUCUAUUUAGUUCCUGCUAUUGGUGCUCCGGGCACAUCUGUUACUGCCAUUGUUCGAGCCUUGCUUUCGUUGCAGACAGGGCCAGAUAAGCAAGGUGCAUUGUUUUCCAGCAUCGCGGUUGUUGAGGCAGUGGUAGGCCUGGCAUCCGCAGCUGCAUGGUACCAGAUUUAUAGUUCCACUGUUGGUUUCAUGCCUGGUUUUGUUUAUGUUACCAUGGCUGCGUGUUGCUUCCUGAGCUUCGUCUUGUUUAUAAUCUACAAUCGUAUUCAAGUGACACCAACCAUAUUUCAGCACGUAGUGCUUAGUAACCCCCUGGAAUCAGAGUAA